AUGAUAGAAUAUGUUGGUUGCUUGUUAGGGGUUUAACGUCGCUGUAAAGGCAAGAUGCGGUACUGUAGACAGCUUUACUUUCGCGAGCAUUUUAAUUUCGCAAAAGUAAACUACUUAGCUUGAGAAAAUAAAGUGUAAGCACUGUGGAAGCAGCAAUGCCGACUCGUUUCCAUUUAGAUAGAGAGAGUGAGCUAUUUUUAAGUUCUCUACUAACAUUAGAGAACGUAUACAGCUUGUAUAUGUUGUCUAACGUUAGAGAACGUAGAUACUACCAUUCGACCCACAGCGUUUUAUUUAGCCUAGGGCCAAUCGCGACGCGGCGUUUCAAUUUGGCACCUCGUACAGUUUAAUCUAUGUUUUCCAGUAAAAAUCGGUAACCAACAUGUCAAAUUAAUAAGCUACACGCCGCACGUUUACAUACCCACACACUGUUCUGUCAUUUGAGCUUUUGGCUUGCCUUGCCUGUCUGGAAAAUAAUUACUUUCGUGACCCUUGUGCUCACAACAUUCUUAGUUUUCCCAGGAAAGAAAAACAAAAUCAAGCUUGGCACCCCCCCUCACCCCUCCCCCCUCACCCAAUUCCUAUAGUUUCAUUUUCAGUGAUGCGUGGUGUCCUGGACGUGGUCUAUAAAAAAACAAAACAAAACAGAAAAACAGCCCAAAGUCUACAUUUCUGUUAUGGCACAGGCCAGGUAGAUAAAAGUUUUUGUCUGUGUUCACAUCGGCAAUAAGCUGUCAGCAUGCCUGCAGGAAAUAAUUCUAAAGUUCUGGCGAAAUGUGAACUCUGACGUGUUCUGUAUUUUGGAUUUAUAAUGACUACCAGUGCCCUGCUGAAACCCUCGCCGCUGGAGGGGGAGGAGGAGGAUGAUGAUGUCAUUCUUCUGCCCAAUCAGAAUGACUCCGCAGAGAACCCAGGAAAAGUGAGACGGAAAAGCUUUGCAAAUCCAGAGAACAUUGAAAAUUUCGACAAAGGGGCCAAAAAUGUCCGGCUGGAGGAACAGAUCAAGCUGCAGCACCUGGAGCAGCUCAUGCAGGAGUUCUCCCGACACAAGCCACCGGAUAUCCUGGUACAGGAGGGUUCCGGCUACUUUCCCGCCAAAGUGCAGAAGCGAACGGCCGGGUGUAUGAACCUACAGGAGUUCAAGGACACCAUCUUCCGUGUGCUGGCCACCAACGAGUAUGAUGAGUACCUGGAGAAGUUGUUUAUGAAGUUGGACACCUCGUGUGACGGGUACGUGGACUGGAAUGAAUUCUGUACCUAUCUGCUCCUGCUCUACCGGGAGAACGACUACCUAGCCACCAAGCGGGAAAUCCCGUUUUUGGCUGAACCUAAAAUUAGGCACAUCGUUUACAACAGGCAAGAACAAACAACGAAGAUUGUGGCUGUACAUGGCCCAACAAGAUACGUCACAAUCAGCAAGGAAGGUGCUUUGACCGUCUGGCAACCUAAUAUGCUCUUAGAAAAACAUUACGUGAUAGCCGAGGGCGAGGAGGAGCAGAGUGCUCAAAAGAGACGGUUCAAGAUGUGGGUAACGGACGCUGUGUACAUGAAGAACUGCCAGAAGGUCGCCAUAGGAUCCACCAGUCGGGACAUCCGGUUCUACGACGUAUCGUCAUCACAGUACUUCGAGGAGUAUCAUCUCUUUGCCAUGGCAGACGUGCCCUACUGCUUCGACUACCACUUCAACCCAAAGCACCCAAACACAAGCUCACUAUUGGUGUUUGGCAAUGACACUGGCGCCAUCCACCUGCUCACCUUCCUCAAGCCUGUCACUCAGCUCUUCUCCAACCCUUUCAAAAGUGACGGAGGCGUGCAGAAAAUCUUCAUGCAGGUACCCAAAUCUGUGGAUUUCAACACAUUUUUCGGAUUUUUAUUUCAAAUAAAGGACUUCUUCUCUUGCAGAAGUUCUAUUGCUUUUCAAGAAGCUAUUUUUGUGUUCUCCAUAUUUCAGGGCAUUGAAUGCUUCGAUCACAACAAAAAUCUCAACUUGCUAGUCACCGGAAGUGGUGAUCACGUGGUUCGGCUCUGGAAUCCUUACGUCACGAACAAAGCGAUUGCCAUUCUGCCUGGACACGCUACAGGUGUUGUGGGCGUGGCUAUCCACGAGGGUUUUAGACAGGUCUUCAGUUACUCCAAGGAUGCAGUGAUCAAGGUGUGGGACGUGAAGGAACACACAUGUCUGCAGACGAUUGUCCUCAAGUUCCCCUCUUCCCUCCACGGACGUAUGCCUGAACACGGACAGUUCCCACUGCUUCUGCUACAGGGCAAAUCCAACAGUGCUCUCCUGGUCACCUGUAACGACUACAUAGGGGCCUUGAGGCUAGGCAAAGUGGAGGAGAACACGUCACACCUUCAGGUGACACACGACACACAACUCUGCAGCGCCAUCUACAAUAAAUUCCUGAAACAGGUUGUGACGGGCUGCGACUCCUCCACCAUCGCUGUGUGGGACAUCGAGACGGGGAACAAGUCCAUUGUCUUCUCUAACGCUCACGGUGACGAGGAGAUCACCUCAAUGGCCUUCGACACCACAUACAGGAGGCUCAUCUCCGGCGCCAGGAACGGCACUGUUAAGGUGUGGAACUUCCAGAAUGGACAUAAUCUACAUAAACUGGAGCCAGUGGGAGAGGCAGAAGUGACUGGCAUCGUCCAGUUGCCCGACAAAAAGGUUAUCUUGACCGUCGGAUGGAGCCAGCUCAUCACUACCUAUGACGACACAGACGCAGAUCUCCAAGAAAUUGGAGGCAUUGAAGACAAAAGUGAAAGGAAUGGACGAUGGACCCACGUCCAGGCCGACGUCACAGAACUCGAGGCCAAACUCCAGACACAGGUCCUCCCACAAAGUGAACAAAGGACAGCCGGCGCCCGUGGACAAACUGUUGUUCCUCAAGGCCCGCGCGGGCAUCAGGUUCACGGAGAGUGCUGUACUCAUCUCUAGUGAGGGAGGAUUUCUCCGCUGGUGGAACAUCUACUCAGCGCACAAGGAUAUGGGUUACUUCUAUGUGCCAAACAUCCCGGACGAGUCUGUGCUGGCGAUGUGCACCAAGCCCAACGACAGUCUGCUCAUCACAGGAGACACGCAGGGGGUGGUGAAGUGCUGGGACAUCAUGGACUACUGCACCAAGUAUCACGGCAAAGAGCAGUGGAAUAUCAAAAACCCUUUGACCUGGGCACAUCCCAAAAAUCCCUGGACAAAAGAUGAUGAACAGAAUGGCGUGGUUGCGGGUGACGUGAUCAUAGAGUCGCCAUCAGACAUCGAAACCCCGGACGUAGAGUCACCUGCUGGGAACGCUCUAGGCUUGGGGGAACCAGAAGACUCGGCAUCCAGACUUGCCUCCACACCGGGGCUAGAAAGCAGAGAACAAAGUUUUAGUGCACCGCUUCCGCCCGACAGAUCUCCCUCGAGUGUGGCCUUAGCGCCUUCACAACAGAUCUCAGCCACAUCCCCAUGUCCCAGCGAUGUACUGCCACAGAACUACAGGCUCAAGUACCGCUCGCAGACUUUUGCCUUUGGCUUCCAUAGAACAGAACGCUCCAAGACCUUCUUAGGAAUAAAGGUGGAAAAAGACUUGGAGCGUCGACAGAAAGACCGGAAGGGAAGAAGAGUCCAGUUCGGGGAAGUAACUCCACAAAGUACAACUCAGUUUGGCAAGCAGUGCUCUCCCUUCCACGCGCUCACCACACCGACCUGGCGCGAGGUGGAGCUCCCUGACGACAUCCCACUGUCCCAGAGAAUGCUCAACCGUGGUUACACCGGCAAAAACCUCACCAUCAACGACAUCAAGUCCAUGGACUUCUCCUACGGUCUUCCUGAAACGCCCCCACAGACUCGGGGCCAGACCCCGGGUAACGCCAGAGGCCUGAGUACCCCGGGCCAGCCUCUGUCUUCUCGUCAGGACAAAGGUGCCCGCUUGUUGCUCCCGCCUAUCAAAUCUGGACGGUCAAAAUCAAGUUCGAGCAGUGUGCGCGGGAGUGUAGGUGGGUUGAGGAAGUCAUCCACCGUGCUGUGAGGGGAUGUUUUAUUCUACUGCCAUAAUAUGCUGUGCACGCACCGACACUCUACGAAGUCGAACGUCAUACUUUGUAGUCACCAACCGUCCUAAUCCUUUUAAUAAAAAUGAAAUCUCUGCUUUGAUUAGCUUCAGGUACAAGUGCAAAUAAAACUUUGAUCAAAUUCUCUAAAAUCUCGCCAAGCAUCAUUGCCAUUCCCUUUCUUCUUUUCCCCCUAAAUCAUCUUGAUGUUCCAGCCAGAGAAACUGAAUUCAUAAAGCUGGGUAAACUUGACGAGCUCAGUCAUCCAUAAAUAUGUAUCGUGUUUUUUUUGUUCAGUUGACUUGGAAUUUUUGGACUGGGUUUGAUUCUGUACAGUACCAAGCAGUUUGUCCAGACCUACGUAAACGCUUCUAAUGCUCGACGAGUUUCACUCUCUCCAAUAGGUGACAUCACUGUCGAGUUGUGAACCCCCAAUCGCGGUGUCGUAAUUCACGUUCUUUUGAUGAAAUAAGUUUAUCUUUCCAGUAUGGUUAAUUUGCUCAACUGUUUGGACAUUAGAGCUGUUGUAUUUAAAGUGUCACUCUAAUAUUUGUCUCCUAAGGGCUUGAACAUAAAUACUUUCCAGUGGGAGAACCUAGCUCCUGACAGACCCAGCUGAAGAGCAACAGUCACAAUGGGCAGACAAGCAUAAUAUGAGGCUUCUGGAAUAAAAAAUGCUGAACCAAGAGAGAAGCCCAAAAGCUGCCCGCAUCCACAAAUGAAAGUGAAGCUUUUAAAUGUUCAAAAUGUGGCAAAUUUUUCUAUGUCCGAAUUGGUCUCAUCGGCAACAGCAAAAGCCGUAAGUCAUCUUAAUUUCUUCUAAUUCUUCUAUUUAGCUGGAGAAAUAUUUUCUUUCACGGAUGUAUUGGUCAUCGUCUGACAUUGAAAGACGAGCUGUUAUUGUUGUAACACUUGUAGUGCUCUCUGAAACAUUCAUUCUACUAUCAGAGUCUAUUUUCAGAACCCACGGUAUGCCUUCGCCUUAUACCCACGGUUAGAACCCCACUCCCAUCUUUUAAUUCAAUGAGUAAAAGCACAUCCCCCCAAAUAAACUGCUUUUUUCAAAUUGUUGUCUGGUGCCUCAGUUCACAGUUUACACACUAGGAAUGUAUAUUUUACAUAAUCAUAUAGAUAUUUUUCUUUGCACGUAAAUAGUUCUGUUUUAAUCCGUCCUCAUGCAAUUCGCAUUACUUUGUUGUUCACUUUGUGAGAGACCAGUCUUUCCGAAUUAAGGUAAAAGUGCCGUCCAGUUGUAAAGACAUAGUAUUUAAUAUUUAUGAAUAUGUUGUAUGUUACGCACUACAGCAAGGUUUCUUUUCUUAAUAAAUAUCUUGUAAAACAGUGUUUUCUAAAUGUCUUUCCAGCACUAUUGUCAUGAUCUGAGUUGUGAAGUCAUGUCUGUGAUACAGGUUUUAAAUGUAAUGCGGUCAAAUCUAGGUUUAUUUUUGAAUAAAUAAGAGACCACUUGUUAA